AUGUUAAAAGUCGUUGAAUCAUAUUGUUGUCUAAUAUUCCGGAAGGCUUUAGGGAUAGUUCUCUUCUUUGAUAUUUUAGCAAAACUCCAUAUAUAUAUUGUAUGUGCUAUAUAUUUUUUUGGACAGGCAAAAGAUGUCAAGAUAUCCGAAUCUGAAUUCAACAAGGAAUUUGUGAAGAAAAUCAUCCCAAAACUUGAUUGGAAAGUUUUUGUUAACGCCGCUGUGCAAAUCGGCCAUAGCAAUGACUUAUCCGAUGAGUUAAUUGAUGAUUAUGAAGACGAUGAAGAAUACCUCAAAAAAGUACACCAUGUACUCAUGGAAGUAAGUGUAGGCAGACAUUAAAUACAACCAUUCUUU